AAGCAGCACCACUUUACGCGUCCACGAGAAAAGAUCAUAACCCCUCUUUUGCUGUUUCCCUCAAUCGAUUAGAUAGAUACCCACUGCGUUUUUUCUUUUGACAACCAUACACACACUCUCUCCGCAUCAUACAUUCCAUCACGUUUACCAAUUGCUCCUCCUCCGAGCUCUCCCCUUUAACGAAAACCCCUCUUAGCCUGCAGUUUCUGGCUGUUGUCCUUCUCAUCCUCCUCCGAUAAACAAACAACCCCACUACACAUAGGACAACGCACUCACCCACCAUGGAGAGAGAUCCUAUCACCGACCAGGUUUUCAAGGGUAAGCUCUGAGCUCCGCCUCUACCUACAAGAACAGGGCUCUAAGGAUAAAACAGAUCGGGUCCGCCAGUUCAGCGAAUUCCUGGAUCCAAAUGAUGAGGACCAGCGAAGUUAUACUGAUGCGAUAAAGUAUACUGAUCCCGCCUUCCCGGAGGAGGAGAGUGCAAGUGAACUGAUCGGGAGGCGCAAUUAUACAGGUUGAUGCUUAAUCGUGGCCAACGACGCUUACAGGUCAAUCUUGACGAGAUACGCAAUCAUAAUAGGGAACUUGCAGAUGGGUUACUGAAUACUCCGUUUGAUUAUUUGCCGACGCUGGAUCGGGCUUUGACCGAGGUUGCUUCGACUUUGAGGGAUCGGGCGAGGCAUGAGGAGAUUACCGAUGAUACGGUAGGUUGUUUAUUGGAUUGGAUUGGAUUAAGAGCGGGUAGGGAGGGAUUGCGCUGAUUGGAGGGAUACAGCUUUUCUACUGUGCCUUGACCGGCAGUUUUGGGGAGUAUGCGGUCAAUCCUAGAACUUUGAGUUCGAAACAUUUGAAUCAUAUGAUUUCGUUGGAGGGGAUUGUAAGUCACUAUCGCCCCCUUUUUCCCCCUUCGAAACGUGAAUGUAGGGUCAAUGCUGACCCGGGGUGAUUUAGGUCACCCGGUGUUCCUUGGUGAGACCGAAAGUGGUCAAGAGUGUGCACUACAAUGAGAACAAGAAGGUGUUUGUCGGACGUACAUACAAGGACCAGACUAUGACUGUCAAUGGGCCAGCGACUACAAGCGUGGGGAUGACCUUGUCCAAACCGAAUAUUCCGGGCUAAUUUUCCCCCCCCUUUAGGUUUACCCCACUGAAGAUGACCAGGGAAAUCCACUCAUCACAGAGUAUGGCUAUUCGGUCUACCGGGAUCAUCAGACCAUCUCUAUACAGGAAAUGCCUGAACGCGCUCCUGCCGGGCAGCUUCCCCGAAGCGUAGAUGUGAUCAUGGACGAUGACCUCGUGGAUCGAGUCAAGCCAGGUGAUCGUAUUCAGUUGGUGGGGCUCUACCGGUCAUUGGGGAAUCGAAAUGCCGGACAAGGCAGCUCGACAUUCCGGACCUUGCUCAUCGCAAACAACGUGAUCUUACUGUCUUCCAAGGCUGGAGGUGGUAUUGCACAGGCAACCAUUACUGAUACUGAUAUCAGAAAUAUCAACAAGAUUGCCAAAAAGAAGAAUAUCUUUGAGUUGCUAUCGCAGUCACUGGCCCCAAGUAUCUAUGGCCACGACCAUAUCAAGAAAGCCAUCUUAUUGAUGCUAUUGGGGGGCAUGGAGAAGAACUUGGAUAACGGGACUCAUUUGAGAGGGUGAGCAAGAGCGAUGGAGUUCCUCUUUUGCCCUCCGAAUACUGAUGAUACUAGUGACAUCAAUAUUCUCAUGGUUGGCGACCCCUCGACUGCCAAAUCCCAACUUCUCCGAUUCGUGCUCAACACCGCACCCUUGGCGAUUGCAACCACUGGUCGUGGGUCUUCCGGCGUGGGUUUGACUGCAGCUGUGACUUCAGAUAAGGAGACGGGCGAGAGGCGGCUGGAAGCCGGUGCUAUGGUUCUCGCCGAUCGCGGUGUGGUCUGUAUCGACGAGUUUGACAAGAUGAGCGAUAUCGACAGAGUGGCUAUUCACGAAGUUAUGGAACAGCAAACAGUUACGAUUGCCAAGGCGGGUAUCCAUACCUCGCUCAAUGCCAGGUGCAGUGUCAUUGCUGCGGCAAAUCCGAUAUAUGGCCAAUAUGAUCCUCACAAGGAUCCUCAUCGUAACAUUGCUUUACCGGAUUCCCUGCUAUCCCGUUUCGAUCUGCUGUUUGUCGUUACGGAUGACAUUGAGGAUUUCAGGGAUCGUCAGGUAUCCGAGCACGUUUUGAGGAUGCACAGGUAUCGUAGACCGGGGACCGAAGAAGGAGCGCCCGUCAGGGAAAAUCCCGGUCAGCUGUUGGGCGUUGGUCUUGAAGAGGAUAAUGCAGAGUCUGGGAGGCCCACUGAGGUUUACGAGAAGUACGAUGUACUUUUGCAUGCGGGUGUCACAAUCACUACCGGGCGUGGAAAUGCCAGGAGGGUGGAAGUCCUCAGUAUGGGCUUUGUGAAGAAGUAUAUUCAGUACGCUAAGACUCGUAUAAAGCCUGUUUUGUCGAAAGGCGCUGCAGACAUUAUUGUGGCCACCUAUUCCGCCCUAAGAAACGACGAGCUUGAGGGAAGCCAGAGGAGGACGUCUCCCAUGACUGCCCGUACUCUGGAAACCCUGAUCCGUUUGGCGACUGCCCAUGCAAAGGCAAGGCUUUCAAACCGUGUGGAGGAGAGGGACGCCGUUGCGGCAGAGGAAAUCUUGAGAUUCGCCUUGUUCAAGGAAAUUGUUCGGGAAGAGCGCAAGAAGAGGAGAAGGGUUGGAAGCGCGGAGAUGGAUGUUGACUCGAGCGAUGACGAUGACGACGAUGAAGAGGAGGAAUCGCAGCCAAGGGCCCGUACAUCUUCCCGCCGCACUCGAGCAUCGGCCAGGAACAGGACUCAGGCCACCAAUGGCGGGGCUGAUGACGACGAGAUGGAUGCAGGGGCGGAUGACGAUGACGACGACGACUUGUACUCUGCCCCGGCUUCGUCGAGGCUCGCACGGAGGUCGGGGCGAAGCGCGCCUACCCAGGACGAAUCUCAAGAUUCCUGGGCAUCCUCCCACCGUGCCUCCUCGGCCUUGCAAUCGCAAACCGAGUCCGGCCAAGCUUCCAGCUCUGCCGGGCCGUCGGCCGCCGCGGAGUCACAGCCCGAGGCCAUAUCGCCCGCAAGGGUACUGGUAUUUCAGAGAGCACUCGCUGGGCUGCUCAAUGCACCGGUAUUCCAGGAUGACGCUGCCGAAGUUGGCCCUUUGCUCGUCGAGAUUAACAAUAGCGUAGGCCAGGAGCAGAGGUUUUCGAGGGAAGAGGCUGAGGCUGCCCUCGAGAAGAUGAAUGACGGGAACAAGAUAAUGUUUGUGCCCCCUGGAACGAGUGUCCUUUUUUUUCCCCCUUUCCUCUCAAACGAACCUUGCUAACAAUUGUUAGGUUCACUGGCGGAGACAUUGUAUACAAACUAUAGUGUGAUGGACAUUACCGUGCCAUAGCAUAGGCGUUGGUUAUUAUUGUUUCGCUUAGCUUAGUUGCGGUAACUUAUGAGUUUUUUUUAGUUUUUUUUCAAAAAUUUUUCCCUCUGCAAGUAGAUAUUCCAAUACCGGUACCUUUUGCUCGGAG